AUGAUUAUUCGAGUACAUAAAUAUAGCACCUUUGGCAUCAAAAAAGCUCUCACCAAAUCAAUUCAAAACCUCCCUAAGUUAAUCAUUAACAAAUCUAUUAUUCAAGCUGUUGAAAGUGGAAAAUCAUUCUGCUAUUUAGGAAGGUACUUUGAUUACGAAAUGACAAACAAUGAACAUAAAUCAGAAUUAGUCUUCCUAUUGACAGACCUAAUGAAUGAAAUAGAUCUGAAGCCAUUACAUCCGAAAAAAAAGAUUCUCCUCUACCAGUCGCUAUGGCAUUUCACUAUAACAUCAAUUCAAAAAACGUGGAUUUCUGAAAACCUGGACUCAGUUUUCAAACAGUACAUUCGUAAAUGGCUUGAGGUACCUAUUUCUGGAUCACUUAGUAACACUUACCUAACCAGUAACAAAUUUGGUCUGAACAUUAUCCCCCCAUCAACUAAAUUCUUACAAUGUCAAACAACUAUCCGCAGUGCUUUGAAGUCAUCUCCUAAUGAAUCAAUAACCCACCUCUGGAAAUCGACCUGUAAUCAUACUAACACCCAAUAUGAUCAGUAUACGUCGAAAAAAGAAGUAAUCAAGUCAUUCCGUGAAGUUCAUGAAGAUAAAUUGGAAAAUCGGUUAAAAUGUCAAGGUUCAUUCUUCUCCAGCAUCUCAAAAUUUUCACUACCCCAAGUAAAUUCGAUUUGGCCAACCUGUCAAUCCAAACUACCAAAAAACAUUUUCAACUUCACUAUUCGCUACAUAAACAAUUCGCUACCGACCCGUAAAAACCUUCAAAAAUGGGGACUCUCCUCGUCCUCUGAGUGCUCGUUUUGCCUUAAACCUGAAUCUCUGUUACACGUUGUUGCUGGCUGUAGUUCCUAUCUUGAUCGAUUUACUUGGAGACACGACUCAAUCCUAAAUUUUAUUGCUAAUAACCUCCCAUCAGAACAUAUUCAGACCAUUUAUGCUGACUUACCGUCAUUCCCUAACCCCUCUAUUAUUACUGGUGAUGACCAUCGUCCUGAUCUACUAAUUUUGACCAAAGACAAUUGUCUGUAUGUACUCGAACUAACCGUUGGAUAUGAGACUAACCUGAGGAAUAAUAUACAGCGCAAAUAUUCAAAAUAUAAAGAGAUGAUCGUAGAACAAAAGAAAAAAUUCCGGCCGGUAAAGUUCAUUAACCUCUCAAUCAGUGCACUCGGUGUUUUUGAAAAAGAAUCUUCACAUUUCAUACAAAUGUUGGAACAUUUGAACUCAGAUAAGGCCGGUGUUAAAUAUAUCAUUAGGAAAAUCAUUAACAUUGCAAUAAGAACGACAUAUUACGUUUUCUGUUGUAGAAACAAGGAUUGGUCGAAUCCAGAUUUAAUGAACUUCUAG